ACGCUCACGGAAGCGCUCUGCGGACCUCGCGAGGCGCGGGUGCAGCGGCACAGCCACGGCCCCGGGACGGCGGGAGCGCAGGGCCCGGCGGCGUGGCGGCCGCCCAUGAGUCGGGGAACCAUGCCUCAGCCCGGAGCGUGGCCCGGAGCGAGCUGCGCCGAGACGCCGGCGCGCGAGGCGGGGGCCGCGGCGCGGGAGGGCGGGAAGGUGACGACCGGCGCGCAGCCCCGGGCCGCGAUGCGGUGCCCGGCCGAGCACGAGGAGGACAUGUACCGUGCUGCAGAUGAAAUAGAAAAGGAGAAAGAAUUGCUAAUACAUGAAAGAGGGAUAUCAGAACCCAGGCUAAGUGUGGCUCCUGAAAUGGAUAUUAUGGACUACUGCAAAAAAGAAUGGAGGGGAAAUACUCAGAAAGCCACGUGUAUGAAAAAGGGCUAUGAGGAAGUUUCUCAGAAAUUCACAUCUAUAAGGCGAGUACGUGGUGAUAAUUACUGCGCGCUGAGGGCCACACUGUUCCAGGCCAUGAGCCAGCUGGCGGAGCUGCCCCUCUGGCUGCAGGACCCAGAGCUCACGCUGUUACCAGAGAAGCUGAUAAACAAGCACAGCUGGAUCAAGCAGUGGAAACUCGGACUGAGGUUUGAUGGAAAGAAUGAGGACCUGGUUGAAAGAAUUAAGGAGUCUCUUGCCCUGCUGAGGAAGAAGUGGGCGAGCCUGGCUGAAAUGAAGACUGCUGAAGCCAGGCAGCUAGCGUGUGAUGAACUGUUCACAAAUGAAGAAGAGGAGUACAGCCUCUAUGAAGCUGUCAAAUUUCUAAUGUUAAACAGAGCUAUCGAACUCUAUGAUGAUAAAGAGAAGGGAAAGGAAGUUCCGUUUUUUUCUGUGCUCUUGUUUGCUCGAGACACAUCAAGUGACCCUGGACAGCUGCUAAGGAACCACCUAAACCAGGUGGGACACACUGGUGGCCUUGAACAGGUUGAAAUGUUCCUUCUUGCCUAUGCUGUUCGCCACACCAUCCAGGUGUACCGGCUGUCCAAGUAUAACACCGAGGAGUUCAUCACAGUCUAUCCUACUGACCCCCCCAAGGACUGGCCAAUGGUGACCCUCAUAGCUGAGGACGAUCGGCACUAUAACAUCCCUGUCAGAGUGUGUGAGGAGACAAGUCUAUGAGAGACCCACAGGUGGACAGCCAUGGGAUGCAGCGCAGGUGCACACGCAGCUCCUCCUCUGAGGGCCUCAGGUCUGCAGCUCUCCAAGAACCAUCUGGGAGAACUCUUGGGCCCCUGGAGCCAAGUUGGACUGUGAUGUUCUGAAGAGUAGCUUGUAAUGAGAACUAGCCAAGUCUUCACUCACUGUUCUCUCUGUUACACAGUGUGAUUCACUGGGGGCUUCAGCACGUGCCUUUGGAAGUACAAACUGUGUCUCCAUAAGGCAGAUGCUUUUGUGUCAGAGGAAACUGUUUGGAAAGGAGUAUGUCCAAUGAAAGUUCUGACGGUAAACUGGUUGUACUUUUUCA